ACACACGGGAUGACCAAAGCCCAAACCCUCCGCCUCACCCCGGGCCGUCGGCACCAUCGCCGCCGUGACCUUGCCGGUGCUCCGGUAGCAGCGCACGAUGCUCCGCCGUGUGCCUCCCUCCCUACGCCGCGCCCUCCUCUCCUCCACCUACACACGCUACGUCGGGGCACAAAUCCCGAACCCCAGCCAUUCUCCUUCCCAGACCCUCCUCCCCCAAUGGCGGCGUCACGCCGCUGUUUCCUCCUCCUCGGCCCCGCCACAGCCGCCGCUUCCUCCAUCUCCGCCUCGGGGUCCGUCGCGGUCGGGCGGAGGCGGUCCCACUGUCUCGUCGCUGAACCCCGCCGAGGUCGCCAAGUUCGCUGCCAUCGCAGAGACAUGCGGUUAUGGCUUUGACGACAGCAUUCGUAGGGGAUCGCUACUGGCAUGAUAACUGCAUCUGGAUAUUGGUAUCAUAUGCAACCAUGAAAUGGUUAAAACAAUGGUCCAAACGAAGAGAGCAGUUGCUUCCUUUGGCUGGGUGUUGGAUGUAGUUAGUUAGUGCUGUUGAAUCGGCACACAUGUUUGUCAAUAUGAGCAUGCUGCAAGUUACUUUCAAGGAAGCCCACAAAUUAGACCUGAAUAAGACGGGAUUGUUCAGCUAAUACUAGUUGGGAGUGAAUCACAAAUGAAAUGCUGAAGUUGGUAGGGAACUGCAGGUAUCUCCUUGUUAUAUUAUUGCUUAUUGAUGACAGUGCUAUUUCUGGAAUGAAUGACAGGUGGGAUGCAAACGGUCCAUUCAAACCUUUGCAUUUGAUGAAUCCAACCCGACUGUCUUUUAUCCGCUCCACUCUUUGUAGACAUUUCAGGAGGGAUCCAUAUUCAUCUAAGCCACUUGAAGGCCUCAAAGUUAUUGAUGUUGGAUGUGGAGGUGGCAUUCUGUCAGAGCCUCUUGCUCGGAUGGGAGCUGCAGUUACUGCAAUUGAUGCUGUUGACAAGAAUAUAAAGAUCGCAAGUAUUCACGCGGCAUCUGAUCCGGAAACUGCUUCCAUUGAGUAUUACUGCACAACAGCUGAGGCAUUGGUAAAAGAGAAAAGGCUGUUUGAUGCUGUAAUUUCUCUUGAGGUGAUUGAGCAUGUCGCUAAUCCUUUGGAGUUUUGCGAAUCGCUCUCAGCUUUGACAGCUCCUAAUGGUGCCACUGUAGUUUCCACAAUCAAUCGCUCAAUGAGAGCAUAUACCACUGCAAUAGUUGCUGCUGAGUACAUCCUCAGAUGGCUUCCUAGAGGCACACAUGAGUGGUCCAAACUGGUUACCCCUGAGGAGCUUUCCCUAAUGCUGCAAAAAGCUUCUGUCUCCGUUGAAGAGAUGGCAGGGUUCGUUUAUAAUCCGCUGAGUGGAGAGUGGUCUCUGUCAGAUGAUGUCAGUGUGAACUAUAUUGCUUUUGGUGUCAAGAAGAGUGAAACACCAUCGACAAAUUGCACAUAGGCAAGAUUAUUGUGGUUGGAGAAAAAGAAUUGGCAAAAUCUUGUCUGUUGAAUCUUAGUGCUAGGUACAACCAUGUUGUGUGGAAGCCCCAUUGAGAAGUUGUCUUGUCAAGCUGACGAGAGGCAGCUGCUAACAAGUCGAGCUAGCUCUGCUUUCUUUUUGAUUAAUUGUGUAAUAACAAUGUAAUGCACGGCUGCUUCAGACAGUUUUAGCAAUUUUGUGGCAAAUACAAGGAUGGUGCUUUAUCUAUAUCUCUCGCAGCUACAUUAGCUAGCGUUGUAAGGAGGAAGAGGGAGAGGUUAGCAACAUUCGCUCUGUUGUUGCAGUGGACUCGCUGCAAUUCUGAAAUGUAUCAGGUGUAUUAGCUUCCUAUAUAUUGAGCUGUCUGCUGGAAGUACAUUUUUAACUA